AUGGCAGCAACUAAGAUUGGUGAUACCAAAGUGGUAGAAAAAAGAGCACGUGGUGGUAACAAAAAAUACAAGGCUUUACGACUUAGUGAAGGAACAUUUUUAUUGAAGUCAUCUGACACUGUCAAACCAUCUAAGAUUAUUGAAGUUAUGUAUCAUCCUACGAAUAAUGACUACGUUCGUACUAACACGAUCACAAAAAGUAGUGUGGUAAAGAUUUCUAGUGAUAAUUUUAGUGAAGAAAUAUCUUCACUGAAUGUUGAAGAUCCUAAGCUUAAAGAGAGUUUUGAGAAAGGAUACUUGUAUGCUGUUAUUACAAGUAGACCUGGGCAGGUAGGAAAGGCAGAGGGAGAAAUAUUACAAGGGAGACAGUUAGAAUUUUAUACUGCUUUAUUUAAGAAGAAUAAGGUUUAA